AUGUACCCAAGACUCCGUGAGGAAACUAACCAUCAUCAUCACACGCCACAGCAACCCGUCAACAACCAUUCAGACUAUCCCAGCAUGGCCCAAACUCCAGGUUUGUUGCCGAAUGCUGUUCAGAACGCUCCCGACGAGUCAUGCCGUGCGCCCAUCACGACAGAUGCACUACAGGCAUUGCCUGAUAAUUCGAUAACAUCCCCAAGAACUACAACCAUCGAAGACCCCAUGGGUAGUACCAAGGUAACCAUUAACGUUACAGGUACCGACGACAUGAGUACCAACAACAUGAGUAUCAGCGACAUGAGUACCAAUGUCGAACUCAUUCGCGACAGGGAAGUUAACAAUCGCGAUAUUGAAAAUUACUCUCCUGAGACUGGGGACAUCUAUUCGAGGCGCAAGUUGAGGGUUACACAAGCAAAGCUAAGAGUAAGCCUCAAAGCUGAAAAGGAACGAAGUCGUGUAUUGAGCGAGAAGAUAGAGACAGAGAAGCAGCUGCGCAGUAUUUUGACUGCUUCUCGGGAAAUUUGGAAUGCCCUGGUUCGCAAUGAGAACGAAUCAGUCCGUUGGUAG